AAGGAAGCUCCCUUUCUUUACUUGGCCAAGGACCAAGGAAGGUUCAGGUCUCCUGCCUCAGUCUCAUGGUCUACCCUCCCAAGGUGACAAUGAUGGUUACAAUACCAACAACUACCAAUUCCACUGAGGAAAGGAAUGUGUCUCCUCUGGGACUAUCUAUCCUCAUCGUGCUGGUGUGCCUGUGUGGCCUGGUAGGGAAUGGGACCAUCAUCUGGCUUCUCAGGUUUGGUGUAAAGAAGAACCCCUACUCUGUUUACAUUUUCAAUUUGGCCAUCGCUGACUUCUUCUUCCUCUUCUGCAUGGCUCUGUCCAGUGUUCUUAACAGGCCCGAGUUUGGUCCCUGGUCCUGGCCUGUUUCUGAGGUCUUCAGAAGAGUCAGAUACCUCGCUUACAUCUUGGGGCUGAGCCUGCUGGCGGCCAUCAGUACUCAGCGCUGUCUCUCUGUCUGCUUCCCCAUCUGGUACCGAUGUCACCGUCCCAAGAAUCUGUCUGCCCUGGUGUGUGCGCUGCUGUGGAUUCUGGCCAUCCUGGAGAACCUGGUAGCUAUCUAUUUCUGUGUCGUGCAAAAUAAAAAUGGAAAUUCCUGUCGAAAAGUGGAUUUGUUUUUUGUGGUUUUGAUUUUUGGGGUCUUCACCCCAGUGAUGUGUGUAUCUGGCUUGACCCUGUUCAUUAAAGUCCAGAGGGCCUCCCAAAAACGCCAGCCAGCAAGGCUCUACAUCAUCAUCCUGACCACCAUCUUGGUGUUUCUCGUCUGUGCCCUGCCCCUUGCAGUCCAUUGGUUUCUCGUUUACUGGCUCAGUCGGAAGGAGAAACAGAAAGUUAUUUUCUAUGGUGUGGCUAAAAUAUUCUCUUGUGUGAACAGCACUGCCAACCCCAUCAUUUACUUCAUGGUUGGGAGUCAGAGGAAGAAAAGGUUUCAUGAGCCUCUCAGGGUCGUGCUAGAGAGGGCUCUCUGUGAGGAAGAGAUGUCCCCCUCAGAGCUAGGAUCGGAUAGUCGAGGGGCUCAGGGUGGAAGUGAGGAUAUGACUGAGGAGCUCCCGAGGGUAACUGCCAAAUGUGGAGACCCCCGAUCUGUCUGA